UCCGAUAAGCAGAGUGCAGAGCGGUGAUCGUUGACAUAUACAGAGCGCUGUACCUGGGAGCUCCAUCAUCAUUAUCACCCUCGUCCUUAUAGCGAUCAGUACCGGGCAGCCGCGCUAUGCCCACUGACAUCAUGAACGCAGUGAGGAUGCAGCCCAUCUCCCAGCUGCAGCACCAUAGCCCGGUGCUGCCCAUCAGACUGCUGACCCGGGGCCCCGAGUACCUCCGGCGGCAGAUAGAGAACGGCACGCCGCGGUCCAGCCUGAGUGCGGUGGAGAGACUGGCCGCCGACAAGGCCAAGUACGUGAAGAGCCCGGCGGCGCAGCAGGUGGUGGCCGGCGGAGGCAGCUCGUUAUCGGAGAGCAGCGGCGGGAGCACUACCAGCUCCGGGGGAAGCAGCAGCAGAAAGAGCCGCCGGGAGGAGGUACCUACCGGCCCCGAUCAGCCCAUCAGACGCGGCAGCAGCAAGAGGCUCCUCCGGCCGGACUCUCUACUCAUCUACCGGCAGAAGAACCGGGCGGACGGGCCCGCGGAGGAGGCGAGGACGGGGCUUGUGCGGAGGCUCUUCCUGGGCGGGGUAAAGGAGAAACCCCCGGCCCCAGCGGCGCCCCCUGCUGAUGACCACCGCUCUAGGACCACUGGACUGCACCGCUCCCAGUCGGACAUCAGCUCCCGCUAUUCCCGCUCCUUCUCCGACUUCGAAACCUUUUUCAAGUACUGCGGCCUGGAGCCGGAGGUGGUGGACGAGCUGGGCAGGGAAAGGUUUGUGCCCGCCCCCGAGGAGGCGCUGGACGGGCAGUACCGGAUCCGCAGCGCCAGCGUGGCCACCUCGGACAGCGGUUUCAGCCGGAGGAGCGGGGAGGGCAGUGCAGGGGGCAUUCAGGAGGACGAGCCACUAGGCGGGCAAAUCCCUGGGGUGGGCACUACCGCCAACACGUCGGUCAUCGAACGCAACGCCAGGAUCAUCAAAUGGCUUUACAGCUGUAAGAGGGCCAAGGAGAGCAGAGGGGCAUCCCCGGACCUACCCUGAAACAAGGAAACUCGUAUGCUGAGACUUGUGGUGGAACAUGCAUCAAAGACUUGCCACCUUGGCCAAUGGGAACAAACAUUCCAGUGGGUGCUUGGUAUGCUGGGACUUGUAGUGGCACCCUACCCUGAUUUGCUAUACGUGCAUUCCAAGACUUGACCACAGGGAACACACUCCAUAGGUGAUGGUGAUUUGGUACGCUGAGACUUGUAGUGGCACCCUACCCUGAGCUGCCAUAGACAUGCAUCACAUGACUUGGCACCCUGGCCAUAGGGCUGUCCAGAUGAGUGUAUGAUAUUCUGGGACUUGUAGUGGCACCCUACCCUGAGCUGCCAUAGACAUGCAUCACAUGACUUGGCACCCUGGCCAUAGGGCUGUCCAGAUGAGUGUAUGCUAUGCUGGGACUUGUAGUGGCAUCCUAACCCAACUGCCUAUUAAUGCAUUACAAGACUUGGUACCCCGACCACAGGUAACAUACAUGGGGGCUGCCCAAGUGGGUGCUUGGCAUGCUGGGACUUGUAUUAGCACCCUUUCUAGAUCUGCUAUACAUGCAUCACAAGACUUGGCACCCUGGACCAAUCAACCAACCAUACACGCAUCACAAGACUUUGCACCUUCACCCAACUGGCCAUACACGCAUUACAAGACUUGGCACCUUCACCCGAUACAUGCGUCAUAAGACUUGGCACCCUGGCCUCAUGGAACAGACUCAAUAGGCAGCUGCCCAGAUAUGUGUUUGACAUGCUGGGACUUGUAGUGGCACAGCCGUUGGGCAGUUCCUUCCAACCCUGUACCUUGAUUGGUGGGCAGAUGUGAUGGUUUAUUAUUAUAGAGCUGCUGGACAGCGAGUGAUGACAGAUAUUUAUAUAUGACAUAGAGGAGAUACAUGGGGGUCUAUUUAUAAAAAAAAUAGGAUAUUUACUUUUUCUGUUUUGCAACGUUGUUUUUGUUUAGUAAAUGUGACAUCAGCACUAGUUUCAAAGGCUUCUGUGUCUCAUCUGUAUCUACAUAGAACAAGUGAUUGUGUUAUUAUUACAAUGGACAGGACUCUUCAUAAUACACUAGUGCUCAUUUCAGCGAUAAACCAUUGAUGUGUUUUAUAUGUCUAAUGCCGGAAAGGAGAAAUGCUCCCUAGCAGUGUAAGGGUUAAGUACUCGUUUAGGUGUAGGGGGCUCUUUUACUUGGUCGAUCCUCUAAGUUCCAGUCCCUCAGUGUACUCUCCUCCAAUGCAAGGCUAUGGUCUCUGCUUUGGGAUUGAUGACUACCAGAACGUAGGGGAGAAUAGGAUGUGGGGAUCGGUCUUAUAGCCUGGGGGGAGCGGAGGAUUGGCUAAGCAAAACUGUUUUUUUGAGGCCUCAUAGACCUAAACAAGCAUUUAUCCCUGGCAGCCCCACUGCAAAAGGAGCAUUUUUUUCUUUCCGAGCAGAUGGGCUUUAAUGUUCGAACCAGAAAAGAUAAUACCCCUAAGUACAUUCGAUUUUGGCCCAUUCUCUCAACAGUUGGCUAACUCGGGACAGAACGAAUGUACAUGCUGUUUCGCUGGACGAAUAGCUCUAUUUUUUUUAUAAAUAGACCCCAUAGAGUCAUUGCCAGGUUCCCUGUGCUCUCAGCUACACGCCAAGGUCACAUAUUUCAGAGUGCCAAUGUGUUUCUGAGAGGACAGGGAACAUGGGAUCUUACACUGGGAUGGACAUCCUCUGGUAACUGAACGGUUCGCUCCUUUGGGGAUCGUUGCAUGCAAUCCGGUUCCAUCUUUAUUGUAUUCUAUCCUAUGCACAGUGUUGUCUGCAAUGUAUUUAUGGUGCGGCCUGUGUGGCUGCACAUUUUUUUUUCCAAUGCUCUGUUAACUAAAAGCUUUAACGAGAAAGAAAAAUAUAUAUAUUCUUUAUCUUUUGCAA